CCGAAGUGAUUGUAGAAGAUUCGGGUGAACCCAAUCAGUCUCCCUCGAGUAUAAGAAGCAGUUACGUGUUUCGCAAAACGCGUGUAUUUAAAAUGUCGAUAAAAAAGUCUGAUUUAUCUGUGGGAUUUACUGAAGGAAAUGUCGAACAAACUACAGAAGAAAGAAGAUUGUUUCAAAAGCAACAUAUACAAAAAAUCAAGUCGAUCGCUGGUCACGUUGGACUUUUGAUUGCAUUGAUGCUUUAUACAGCAAUUGGUGGUUUAGUUUUUCGGCAUAUCGAACUUCCGGCAGAAUUAGCACGUUUGGAAGUUUUGCGCGCCAAUUUACGUGCUGAAAGAUAUUCAUUUGUCAAUGCGGUUUCCAACAAUACCGAUGUGUCAAAUUUACGCACAUUGGUUAGCGUAAAAUUACGUGCUUACGAAGAGGCAGUCCAGAAAGCAGCACAAGGUGGUCUGUUGGUCUCCUUCGUGACAGACACAAUAGACCAAGAAAAUCGAGAUACGACAGAUUUACAGCCGAUCGUAACUGAAAAAUGGAGUGUUUUUCAAGCCGUAUUUUUCGCAAGCACUGUUCUUACAACGAUUGGAUAUGGGAAUGUUGUACCAUCUACUAAUCUGGGAAGGAUGUUCUGCAUCUUAUUCGCAUUCGUUGGCAUACCUUUGACAUUGAUAGUAAUAGCUGAUUGGGGGAAACUAUUCGCUGGAGGUGUAGUUAAAAUCGCCUUAACCCUAAAAUCGAAACUCCCGCUUCACUUCUCUUUUCCCUGCGUUCCGACAAAUUUAGCAGGAAGGCGAUCGCUUGGAGCAUUUACAGCGAUUGUUUUACUUUUUUUAUACCUCUCUUGCGGUGCAGGUAUGUUUAUGUUAUGGGAAGAUGACUGGAAUUUUUUUGAUGGAUUUUAUUUUUGUUUUGUCACUAUGACCACGAUAGGAUUCGGUGACUUAGUACCGAAGAAACCGAAGUACACGUUACUAUGUACUCUAUAUAUCUUGGUUGGUUUGGCGUUGACGAGUACCAUUAUUGAGCUUGUAAGUCGACAAUAUGCUCAAUCAUGGAGAAGGUUGCAAAGGCUCAGUGGGCCAUUGGCGGAAACUAUUCGCAGACUAGGUGAACAGGCUGGAGGCGAUAUGUCCGCGCUACAUUCAGAUCUUAGUUUUGACAGUGAUAUCAAUGCCGCGCUUAAAAUGGUCAACAUCUUUUAAUCGAGAAGAUUCGAAAGAUCAAGAAUGGGAAGAAGCAGUAGAAGCUGUGCUUCGUGAUAUAGCUGCGAAUGCUAAUAAUACCCAGCCAAAGAAAAAACAGAUAAUGCAAAUUGUUAUUUAUGAGUCGAGUGUCUGACUGA